AAGACACUUAUCAACACCGUACUAAGAGACAUAUUUGACGCGUGCUCUUGACCAUCCAGAAAAUCAAGUAAAAACCCCGAUCCGGAUUAGGAAAACGGAAUAUAUUUCUUGGUAAUAGUUCAGGGAAAGGAAACGAGACAACCAGUGAGUGAGAAAUGGCUAACGCUGAUAUGCAGUACAACUACGGCCAGCAGGACAAUGGCAACGACUACGACGACAGCAACCAGCAGCAGGACAACGACGACGACGACCAGUGCGACUUCGGUGGCAAUAUGCAGAACUCAAACUCGAAGAUCGAGAACGUGGGCGAGAGCCCCAAGUUCAUUCGAUUGCGCGGCUUGCCCUGGUCGGCCACUCACAAGGAGAUCCUUGACUUUCUCGAAAACGUAAAUGUGACCAACGGCUCGCAGGGCAUUCACCUGGUCACAAGUCGCGUGGAUGGCAAGAACACUGGCGAGGCCUAUGUCGAAGUGUCCACCCAGGAAGACGUCGAGGAGGCGCGCAAGUUAAACAAAGCCAGUAUGGGCCACCGCUAUAUUGAGGUUUUCACUGCCACUCCUAAGGAGGCAAAGGAAGCCAUGCGGAAGAUCAGCGGACAUGGCAAUGCUUUCGUCGUUAAGCUUCGUGGCUUGCCAUAUGCUGUAACCGAGCAACAAAUCGAGGAGUUCUUCUCUGGGUUGGAAAUCAAAACGGAUCGGGAGGGCAUACUUUUUGUUAUGGACAGAAGGGGUCGUGCAACUGGGGAAGCUUUCGUUCAGUUUGAAAGCCAGGAUGACACUGAGCAAGCCUUGGGCCGAAAUCGGGAAAAAAUUGGGCACAGGUAUAUUGAGAUAUUCCGCAGCUCUAUUGCUGAAAUGAAGCGUGCUACCGGCGGCGGCGGUGGGGCUGGUGGACGCCCCGGGCCGUAUGAUAUACGCGAUCGUGGCGCCAAUCGUGGAGGCAACGACUUUGGCGGAGGCCGCAAUGAUUGGGGAAACAAUGGAAACUUUGGUGUUGGCGCCAACAACAUGUUAGGCUUCAACAAUCUCCCCAGUUUGAUGAACUCUGGAAACUUUGGAAAUAACCCUGGAAAUACCGGAAACUUCGGAAACAACUCGGGGCCCAGUAAUUUUGGCAACUUUGGAAACGGCGGCGGCGGUGGCGGCAACAACUCCAACUUUGGAGGAAACGGCGGCGGCAACAAUGGCAACUUUGGAAACUUCGGCAACAACGGUGGCGGAGGAAACUUUGGCAACAACAAUGGCGGCGGAGGCUUUAACAGUGGAAAUAACUUUGGAUCUCCCGGGGGCGGAAACAACUUUGGCAACAAUGGCGGCUCCAAUUUCGGAGGCAACAAUGGCGGCUUCAAUAAUGGCGGAAACAACUUCGGCUCUGGAUCGGGAGGCGGCAAUUUCGGUCCCAUUGGAGGCGGGCGUAACAACAACAGCGGAAACUUUGGCAACUCUGGGUUCGGAAACUUUGGAGGCAACAACGGAAACGGAAAUUCGAACUUCGGAGGCAACAAUGGCGGAAACGGAGGCUUCAAUAAUGGCUCCAAUUUCGGAGGUGGUAACUCUAUGGGAGGAGGAAACUUCGGUCCCAUUGGCGGAGGCCGCAAUAAUGAUAUCGAACAUUAUACAAUCCAUAUGCGUGGUCUGCCGUACACCUCAUUCGAAAAUGAUGUUUUCAAGUUCUUCGAGCCCAUUAGACCCUCUAAUGUGCGCAUCAAUUACAACAAAAAGGGCCUGCACAGCGGAACUGCUGAUGCCUACUUUGACACCUACGAAGACUCCCAAAUGGCCAUGAAGCGCCACCGCGAACAGAUGGGAUCACGUUACAUCGAGCUGUUCUACGACGGAAAGACCCGAGGAGGUGCCAAUGGUGGAAACAACGGUGGAGGCGGCGGUGGCGGCGGCUUGGGUAACAAUGGCGGAGGCAACGGUGGUGGUGGUGGCGGCGGCGGCGGCAACUUUUCGCGUCGCAUCUAAAUCGGUCCAUGGACCAAUUACAUUGACAUUAAUGUAAGCCCAAGUAUUUAAUAAAACUAUGAACAAGCCGCCACUUAUGCCGCUAAGGCAACUUUUCAACCACGUAACAAUUGAUCAGAUAUUUGACAUAGAGAAUUAGUGGAUUGUACCACGCAGCUAACUGGGAGCUAAUAUAUUUACGAAAUAAAAUACAACAAAAAAAAGAGGACACGAUUUUACUUAAGUAUUUCAAAAAACUUUCAACUUUAUUUUAUAAGUUUCCAAUUGUACUUUUAGGCUUCUUGAAUAAAUUCUCUUUUUACACAACA